UUGACAUCGGGACGUCAAUCACCUCAGUCCCCCGUGACCACGGUUGCUGGAAAGCAACCGAAACGUCGGGAAUAUAAAAUAAGUAAAUUAAACGCGAUAAAAUCCGUAAAAAUAGUUUUAUUCAAUUUGUCACCACUAUACUGGCCCCUAGCCAGAGUCAUAAAUACCUACCCUGGUAAAGAUGGAAAAGUGAGAGUAGUUGAAGUCAAAACUGCUAACGGCCACAAACAUAAAAGAGCUGUAAUGAAAGUUUGUGUUCUACCGCUGGAAUGCAGUGGUGCUGGCUAA